GGUCACGUUGUGCAGCACCGUAGGAUCAGCAGGCGUGCGUUUGACUUGUUUUGAUUUGAUUUCGAUGUUGCUCCGGAGAUGUUUCCUGCUCCCGUUUCCCGCCGUGCGGUUGGUCCGCCGGAGUCUGCACCGCCAGCAUGACCAUAUUGUGCUGCACCCCGAGAUCCGGCAAGCGUUGCAGCUGCAGAAGCCGGUGGUGGCCCUUGAAUCCACGAUCAUUACGCAUGGGAUGCCAAUGCCAGAGAAUGUCGUUACGGCGCUGGCGGUGGAGGAGCAAGUUCGUCAAAAUGGGGCCAUUCCCGCCACCAUCGGCAUUCUGGACGGACGCAUCAAGGUCGGCCUAACUCGUGAGGAGCUCACUACCCUAGCCGAAAAGCCCAGGGAUCAGGUAAUAAAGUGCUCCCGUCGAGAUCUGCCCUUUGUGGUGUCCAGGAGACAGAGUGGUGGAACCACCGUGGCUGCCACAAUGAUCAUCGCCCAUCGUGUAGGCAUCCGCGUGUUUGCCACUGGUGGAAUUGGCGGGGUCCAUCGCGAUGGCCACGAAUCCCUGGACGUGUCUGCCGAUCUAACCGAACUGGGACGCACUCCGGUGGCCGUGGUAUGCAGCGGUGUCAAAUCCAUCCUGGACAUUCCGCGAACGCUGGAGUACUUGGAGACGCAGGGCGUGUGUGUGGCCAGUUUCGACAGUCCUGGUGGCGUCUUCCCAGAUUUCUACACACGGGACAGUGGCUGCACAGUGCCUUAUAACCUUAAGAGUGCCCAGGAGGCAGCAGAGCUGUUGCGAUCUUGGCGGGAAUUGAAAAUGGAAUCAGGCCUGGUAAUUGGAGUGCCCAUCCCGGAAGAGUUUGCUGCAGAUAAAUUUAAAAUCGAGAAGGCCAUAAAAGAAGCAACUGCCCAAGCCAAGGCCCAGGGAAUUUCCGGCAAGGAAGUAACUCCAUUCUUGCUGGCCGCCAUAGCCAAAAUUACAGAAGGAAGGAGUCUUAAGUCUAACAUAGCUCUGAUCAAAAACAAUGCCAAGGUGGCUGCUCGAAUUGCGGCAUCGCUUUGCGACGUGUCCGCAAAACUGGAAAACCCAGUCCGAAAAGCAAUCGAUAAAAAACCCCUGGUUGUGGGAGCAUCCAUCCUGGACCUUUCUUUUAAGGUAGACGACCAGAAACGGGACAUGAAGCUUGAUGGGGCCACGUACUCCGCGGUAGCUAAACAGGCGGCUGGAGGAGUGGGUCGGAACAUUGCCGAGGGCAUAUACAAGCUGUACGGCGAUGUGAACUUCAUUUCAGCCGUGGGAAAUGACCAGAUGGGACAAACGUUGCUUCAGAUGAUGCCAAAGGCGCUCCAGCGGGGCCUUAUUGUGGCAGACAACCAUAACACCUCAUUGUGCUCUCUAAUCUUCGAUAAAUUUGGAGACUGCAAGCUGAUUCUGGGCAACAUGGAAAUUCACCAGAGCAUUACGGCCGAGACACUUCAAGCGCACCACCAACUCUUUCGAGAAGCUCCUCUCAUCGUCAUGGACAGCAACAUAUCGGAGCAGGCGAUGGCCAGCAUUCUGCAACAGGCGCAAAUCAACAAGAUUCCAGUCUUCUUCGAGCCCACGGAUAUGUUCAUAGCCGGGAAACCGUUCAAACUGCUGCCGGAGUUGACAAAGAAUAUACGCCUGAUCAAACCGAAUCUGCAGGAGUUGAAAACAAUUACGGAGGCAAUUACUGGCGAAACUGUCACAUGGAAUCCAGAUACCAAGCAGCCGCAAGCGGAACUUGUGCACCAAGCAAAGUCCUUAAUCAAAAAAAUCGACUGCCACUUCAACUGCAUCAUAGCUACGCUGAGUGACCACGGGGUGCUACUCAGCUAUCGAGGGGAUGCGGAACACGAUGCUAGGUUGCUCCUGGAUGUAAGCAAGACCACACCGCCACACUGUACUCGCUUCUAUCCCGCUCCUAUGGUUCACAAUAUUGUCAAUGUCUCCGGAGCGGGCGAUAGUUUCUGCGCGGGCUUCAUCACUGCCCUUCUGCGGGGGCGAACCCUGGACGAGUGCAUUGCCGGCGGUUUUGUAGCCGCGGAAAAGGCCCUACAGUCCGAAUCCGCAGUUCCCACAACUUACUUCUCGAAUCAAGAAUCCUUUGAGAGUCGCUACAAGCAAACUGCUAGGAUCAUCCAACAGCAGAGCGUAUAGAUGGUACUUUGAUGACCAAAAAGAACGAAGGCAUUUACUCAGGACGUUUUACUUUAUUCCUUAGUAUUUUCUUACCGUGUACAAGAUAACGAUUUGUUAGUAAGCCCACCUGAAAGAUACAAUUAAAGUGUAUAUUGUUAAAGUUAA